AUGGGAAAGAUCAUCUUCUACGAAGACAAGAACUUCCAGGGCCGCUCUUACGAGUGCAGCUCAGACACUUCUGAUCUGCACGCCCAUGUCGGCCAGUGCAACUCCAUUCGUGUUGAAAAUGGCUGCUGGAUGAUUUAUGAGUGUCCAAAUUACAUGGGAUAUCAGUAUUUUUUGAAAAAGGGUGAAUAUCCUGAGUAUCAGAGAUGGAUGGGUUUCAACAACUGUGUCAGAUCUUGCCGCAUGAUCCAGCCACACAAGGGUUCCCAGCAGAUUAAGAUAUAUGAAAAGGAGGACUUCAAAGGUCAGAUGAUGGAAUUCUCACAGGAUUGUUCCAACAUCCACGAGCAUUUCACGUAUAAUGAUAUCCACUCUUGCAACGUUGUCCAAGGAAACUGGAUCUUCUAUGAGGAGUCCAACUACAAAGGAAGACAGUACCUCCUGAAACCUGGAGAAUACAGGAAAUACAAUGACUGGGGAGCUGUAAAUGGGAAAAUUGGCUCCUUUAGGCCUGUGUUGGAUUCCUAUUAGUAAAUAUGUUUGGAUUCCAUGUGUAACAGCAAAUUACAGUAAAUUGGGUAAUCUGAAAUUAAAAACAG